AUGGAAACCCAAAGAAGAAUUGUUUUCCAAUCUUCAAAGGAUACGUUUUUGGAUGCAUAUGAAGUAGAAGAAAACGUAUGUUUUAUUACAUGUAAAUAUAGGACUGUCAACAUCACAUUUGACAUGCUGUCAAUAACUUUUGAGUUUUUCUCUUUCAUUUUGUUAUUUUCUCUUGUGUGCAGGUAAAGGUAGAAAGCCCUCAAAAUAAUGAUGUACUUGUCAGAGUAAAAGCUUGCGUCCUGAAUAAAAAUGAUACAAAGGUACAUACGCGCUAGUAUACUAUUCUCCAAGUAUGCCUGACUGGAAAGUUUGUCGCUAUAGAGUGCCUCGUUUUCAUGUUAGAAUUAUCUGUUAUUACCUAAUGACAUUUCAAUCACGAAAACGAGGCUCUUUAGCCAAGGUGACAUACUUUCCAGACGGGUGUAUUACUGUAAUUAUGUAUCAGUCAAAUCCAAGUGUGCCCCUCCCCCGGGCAACAGCGCAGCAAUUUGGCUGUGUACUAUGUCCCAGGGGAGGGACAUUUGCCUGGGGGUGAACAUUUGAAAAUAAUAUUCUAUUUUUUUUAAAAACCUUGAGGGUUGUUCGCUCUUGCUGCGAUCCCACAUCCAAAUGCACAGCCAGGGUUCAGGUCAUUGUAAUAUGUAAUUAGUUAUUUAGUUAUUCAUAAUCUCCUAGUUUUAGUUAUCAAAUCUAACGUCCUUUUUGAAAAGCAUGUAAUAUGAAAAAUUUUCCUUAAUAUAAAGAUAUUAUAAGUUCUUACAGUUCAUCUGGUUUUCAGUUACUUCAAGAGUUUAAAAUUAUUGGCAAAGAAACAAUUCCAGUUGGUACUGAGAUGUCCGGUAUUGUUACUCAAGGUCAGAUAUUGUUUGACUCAAAACUAUAUAAAAUACCCUGGGAAUGAGGUUGGGAUCAUCCAUAGUUAAUUAUCAACAUUGGGUCGAUCCAAAAAAGAUUUGCACUUUCCCCACAGAGGAAAUUUCUGGUGGAGGGGCCGGUUACCUUCUAAUUUCCUAUGUCGGGGUGGUGACAAUAUUAAUAACUGAUAUUGUAUGCAUUUUAAAAAGUUGACUUUUCUGACUGGUCAUUAUUAGUGACGUGAGAUUCAACAUUUAAGAUUAUGCUUGAGGUGGGGAUUGAAAAAAAAUGGAGUAUUAUCUGUCAAAAUGUUGAUAAUUAUGAACAACUCCGAAAUACAAUGUUUUUAAUAAACUAUUUUGAUGUUUAAUUAAGUUUUAUGUUCUUUAGUUGGACCUGAUGUAUCCAGAGUCAGUGUGGGUGAUGAAGUUGUAGGUAAUUAUGAGACAGGGGCUAGCAGAGCUACAUACCCCUCCCCUCCCCAGUCAGUAUUUAGUCAGGCAGAUUCUACUAAAUUAGGCAAUAUGCUUGGUCUGUUUUCCUCAGUAGCUAGUGAUGAGUUUUGCAUGGGUGUAUCUCAAAAAAUGAACAGUUCUAUAUUUUUUUUUUAUUUUUUUUAGACUUACUUUAUUUCUGUGCAUCUGUAUAGGAGAUGUGUUCCUCCUGUUUACCUUCUAUUUAUCUAUCAAUUAACCGAUGAUAAUGUUAGGCAAUUUUCAUCAGUGGCAAGGCAAAUUUUUGUCUGCCCCUCUCAUUUUUUUCCAUUUGUACACCUAUACACCGAUGCACAUGCAUCCCGUACCUUAGCAAAAUUUAUUUUUCUGCUUUUAGGAAUGCUAUCUCCAGACUCACCAGAUUGUGCUUGUACUACAUUUUGUACCAUUUCAGAAUACAACAUAGGUAAUUAAGCUUAAAUUAAUUAGCCAUGAGGGAAUCUUUUUUAGUCAGCCAAUAAAUGUGUAACAUGCAUGCAUUGACCAUGCUACUAUAUAUGAUUGAUUGCAAGUUAAUUUUGUUUCAGUGAAAAAGCCAAGUAAAGUAAAUUUUGCUGAUGCAGCAUGUUGUGUUGGUGAUGGUAUAAAAGCAUAUACUGCACUACAUUACCAAGCGAAUAUCUGUGGUGGUGAAACUGUAUUGGUUAUGAAUGGUGCAUCGGUAUGUAUAGAGUUCCAAGCAUUAGUAAAUUAGCGGUUAGUUAACCCUUUAAUUAAGUGGCAAUAUGCCCAGAUGCGACCUACUUUAUUAUUUCACAUGGUAUAUAACGUACGGCAGACUAUUUUAACGUACAGCAGAUUAUUACAUUGUCUAAGCUGAGAAAAUCAAAGCUAAAGUUUAUGUAAAUUAACAUGAUUUUUAUCACAAAAAAACACCAAACAUGGUAGUGAUUUCCUUUGUUUAAUUUGAGUACUAUUUUAAGCAGACACCAACUUCAGGUCUCAAUGGUCAUAAACAUUAUUAUUAUAACCAAUUUUGAACCAACACCUUUAAGCGGCAUUUAUGAUGUCACAAAGAGAUUCAAGUGAAUUUACAUCUAGCCACCGUGGUCCUUGUUGUCACAUAAAAUGUUCAAAUGGAUUAUUAUAUAUUUAACAAUUGCCUUUGUGCAACCAUGUUCACAAAAGUGCCUUAGCCACAAAACGAAGAAGCAGUAAAGAAGCAAACUACUUCAUUUCAGGGUGCAGGAGUCAUGGCUAUUCAGCUUGGUCAGAGUUGGGGAGCCAAAGUUAUCACCACAGCACAUAGUGAAGAAGAAAAAUUAUUUUUGGAAGGUUUUCGACCAGAAAUAGGUAACUGUCAUAUAGAAAAUCAUUUAAAAUAUAGUAAAACCUCUCCUUGUAGACACCUCUGUAACACAGACAACUCUUUAACAUUUUAUCUCUCUAAUAUGACACCUCUCUCAUAUGACAUCUCUCUAAUACAUACACCUAAUAUGACAUCUUUUUAAUAAAGACAUCUUUCUAAUACAGACAUGUCUCUAAUACAGACAUCUCUCUAAUAAAGACAUCUCUCUAAUAAAGACACCUCUCUAAUACAGACAUCUCUCUAAUAAAGACUUCUCUCUAAUAAAGACACCUCUCUAAUACAUCUGUCUAAUAAAGACUUCUCUCUAAUACAGACACCUCUCUAAUACAGACACCUCUCUAAUAAAGACAUCUCUCUAAUAAAGACAUCUUUCUAAUACAGACUUCUCUCUAAUAAAGACAUCUCUCUAAUAAAGACUUCUCUCUAAUACAGACAUCUCUCUAAUAAAGACAUCUCUCUAAUAAAGACUUCUCUCUAAUACAGACAUCUCUCUAAUAAAGACUUCUCUCUAAUACAGACACCUCUCUAAUACAGACACCUCUCUAAUACAGACAUCUCUCUAAUAAAGACAUCUCUCUAAUACAGACACCUCUCUAAUACAGACAUCUCUCUAAUAAAGACAUCUCUCUUAAUACAGACUUCUCUCUAAUACGGACAUCUCUCUAAUACAGACAUCUCUCUAAUAAAGACAUCUCUCUAAUAAAGACUUCUCUCUAAUACGAACAUCUCUCUAAUACAGACAUCUCUCUAAUACAGACAUCUCUCUAAUAAAGACUUCUCUCUAAUACGGAUACUUCUCUGAUACAGACACCUCUCUAAUACAGACACCCCUCUAAUAAAGACUUCUCUCUAAUACGGAUACCUCUCUGAUACAGACACCUCUCUAAUACGGACACCUCUCUAAUACAGACACCUCUCUAAUACAGACACCUCUCUAAUACAGACAUCUCUCUAAUACAGACACCUCUCUAAUACAGACAUCUCUCUAAUGCAGACACCUCUUUAAUACAGACACCUCUCUAAUACAGACAACUCUCUAAUGCAGACACCUCUCUAAUACAGACACCUCUCUAAUACAGAUAUCUCUCUAAUACAGACAUCUCUCUAAUAUGGACACCUCUCUAAUACAGAUACCUCUCUAAUACAGAUAUCUCUCUAAUACAGACACCUCUCUAAUACAGAUAUCUCUCUAAUACAGACACCUCUCUAAUACAGAUACCUCUCUAAUACAGAUACCUCUCUAAUACAGACACCUCUCUAAUACAGACACCUCUCUAAUACAGACACCUCUCUAAUACAGACACCUCUCUAAUACAGACACCUCUCUAAUACAGACACCUCUCUAAUACAGACACCUCUCUAAUACAGACACCUCUCUAAUACAGACAUCUCUCUAAUACAGACACCUCUCUAAUACAGACAUCUCUCUAAUACAGACAUCUCUCUAAUACAGACACCUCUCUAACACAGAUACCUCUCUAAUAAAGACUUCUCUCUAAUACAGACAUCUCAGACACUUGUCUACUAUACAAUAAUGUUGUUUGAAUUGCAGGGAAAAUCAUUGAUUUUGCAAAUGUGAAGGUUUCAUUAUUGGACAUUUGUUUAGAAGAAACUGGUGGAACUGGGGUGGAUUGUAUUAUUGACAAUGGAGGUACAAUGAAUUGACAUACCCUUAAAUUCACUUUUAUGUACUAUUUAAAAUAUGAGCAGCAGUGUUUUAUCAGAUGUAAAGAUACGAUCAAAAAAUACAUUGUGUAUCUCGAGAAAAUCAAAGUUAAAGGCACACAUCGUUCAAGUUUAUUGCAAAAGUGGAUUUUCAUUUUUUUAAAGGAGGAGCAGGAAAAUUUCUAGUGUGGUGCAAGUGGCACCACUGAGCGAGCUUCUAAUCGCCAGGAGUUAAUAGGCGUCAGGGUUAAACACUUUCACACAAAAUAGGAGGUGUGAAGCAAAAUUUUGGUGGGGUUGAACACAUUGUAAGAGAGGUUAGAUAGAUUAUAGGGGGGUUUAACCCUUCCUAACCCCCCCCAGUGAAUCCGCGAUGGUGUAUUGUAUUUCUUACUAUAUAGUUCAGCAGUUCUCAGAAGAAUUCUCGGAUCAAGCUAACAACAUUAACCUUCCGUCAAAACAUGACCUUAUUCUAAGUCUAGCAGUUGGUGGAAAGUGGAUAACUACACAAUGCGAUCUUCAGGUAAGCUCUAUGUACUAGAUAAAACAUGAGCAGCCAAUCUGUAUCUGAUAUACAAACUCGAGCCAAAGGCAAGAGUUUGUAUAUCAGAUACAGAUCGGAUGCGAAUGUUUUAUUGUACUUAAAAAAUUACCCAUCUUAUGAGUUCAUUGGCAAAGUAAUUUUGAAAAUAAACUCAAGUCUAAGCUGAGAAAAUCAAAGCUGAAGUUUAUGUAAAUCAGGACAAAUCUUUAUCCGAUUUACAAACAUUGAUUAAACAUUCAUUUCUUUUGUAUUUUCCUCGUGAAUUAUUAAUGAAUUUUUUAAGUGCUAUUAUUUAUUAUUAUUAUUAUCUUUAUUGGGGUCAAUUAAUCAUAUUCUACAAAGAAAACAUAUAAAAUGUUCAAUCAAACUAGUAAUAGAAUAUAGACCCUAAAUAGGCAAGGUAUAAACGGGACUCGAAGAACCAUGCAAGAUACCUUAAACACCAUAAACGGCUAUGUUGUAUCUAUACAAAUUCGAGCCAGAGGUGAGAGUGAAAGGGUUAUACAUUUUUUUCAUUUUUUCAGUUGGAUCCUCCACACUCAAAGAUAUUAUAUCUAAAAGGAGCUACAGUGUCAUUCCUGUUUAAGGACACAUGGAUUCUAGCCAAAGGUUUGUAAAGGGUUUUAAUAAUAAAUUACACUAGAUAUAUCCUUCCUGUACUCGUCAUGCAAAUCAUUAGACACACUAUCUUGUCUUUUCCACAUUCGUUUGGACGGGUGUCUCUCGCAUAAAUCAAGCCAAUUAAAUGUGUACAGUAUAUACGAACGAAAACAUCUCUCUUGUCUUCUAGAGCUUUUAGAAUUAUUGUGCGUAGGUGGCGGUGUUGAUAAUAGACGCAUGUGAGGAGGGAGCGGUCUAUAUAGGAAGUCUUAAAGUCAUCCAAAUUAACCAGUGUAUAUUGACUAGACAGCCACGCAACUGAGCUACGUAAAGCUGGAGUAAAUGAGUAAUACGAGCAACAAAAUUGCUGCAACUUGCAACAAAAUCUGAUUUCUACGCAUGUUAAUUGAAAAUGUUCACACAUACACAUUGCAAAUCACGAGGCAGCAUGUGUCGACAUUUCUACUUAACAUGAGUUGAAAUCCGAUUUUGUUGCAAGUUGCCGCAAUUUUGUUGCCCGUAUUACUCCACCUUAACCAAAUUACAAUGUAUCAUUCCUUUCAUUCUUCAAAAAUGCUGUGCUGAGUGGUUAUAUUACUACCUUAAAAAAUAAGCAGAAACUCGACGUUUCGAGCGAAGGCCCUUCGUCAACGCUACUAACUCUUGACGAAGGGCCUUCGCUCGAAACGUCAAGUUUCUGCUUAUUUUUUAAGGUAGUAAUAUAACCACUCAGCACAGCAUUUUCACAUUGGUACUACCCACACUGGUACAGACAGUUUCAUUCUUCAACAAGAUAACGUCAAAAUUUAAGAUGGCAAAUAACUAAAUCAAUUUCAUGAAAAUAACCAGGCUAUAAAGUAGACCAGGUUGAGGAAAAAUAAUUUUGUUUGAAAGCUCAGAGUGGAGGAAGGAGAGCAGAAUAUUUCAAGUACUAAACAAAGUAACACGCCGUAAACCUCGUCUCCUAAUCACCCAUAAACUUCUAUUUUACGUGUUUUUCAGGACAACAAGGCCGGUUUUUACGUAUCCUCUGCUAUUGCAGUAGAAACAAUUCAUGUAGCUUUUUAUAGUCCAGAAGUUAGCGAGAUAUUUCAACGCUUUCCUUGACACAUGAACUUGAAGAUAUUUUAACAGAUCUACUUGACAAAGUGGAAACAGGAACAUUAAAGUAAGUUUGGGACGUGUUGUGGUACUUGUAACAAUAGGACUACAUGUUCAACACUGAGUCAAUUCCCCUGCAAAAUUCCUACUGUGAUCAGGAGCGCCGGAAAGUCGAUAAUUGGGGGGGGGGCAGAUAUUCAUAUAUUCAUGUUCACAGACUGUAAAAACAAUCGCUUUCAAAGGAAAUAAAUUAUGCAGAACAUGAAUAUAUGAAUAUCUCCCCCCCCCCCCAAUUAUCGACUUUCCGGCGCUCCUGACUGUGAUCACAGAAACUUUCAUGAUGUAAACUAGCCUUUAGUCAGAGUCGCAUAAUUUGUAGUUAAUAACUACUGUUUAACUCCAAAACCGGUAGUUAAAAUCCGCUUAUAAUUUUAUGUGUACAACUUCGUCAAAAGUGAAACAGUUUCACCACAUGUAGCUUGCGUGCAGUCGCAUGACAUCGAUCAAACAAUGUAAGAUAUGUUAUAACGUCACUUGGGCUGAAUACCUCAUGAUAUAUUGCAAAACUUGAAAAUAUCGUCAUGAAAAAGCUAGCCAGACAAUAAAAUAUUUGUCGUUGUUUGGAAUUUGGGUGUGAACUACCUGGAAAACAUUAAAAACACGUGAACGUCUUAAGAGGCUGGGGCGUAGGAUUAGAAACUAGUACUACAGCGAUCUUGUGAUCAACAUAAGCCACGCAUAUAAACGAAAUUCAGCAUUGUUAGUUCGUUACUGUAAAUAGUCCUGUGUGGGCACGUACCGGAAACACGUCAUAAAACCCACAAGGUCACAAUUAUAAACCACCAGCUUCUUAGAAAUAUAUAAUUUGGGUGUGUAAUAAAAAAUCAACUUUGGCAUGUGUUAAUAUAUCAUAUUUUAUUUCUAGACCGAUGGUACAUCAUACUGUAAACUUUGAGGAUGCUUGCACUGCUCUGAGUAAUUUACAUCAAUUUACAGUGGGUAACGUAGUGUUAGUUAUGUAG